CAGUUCAUCAGCUGUCGUUGCGGGAAACACAGAACACGGAUAUAUUACGGAUAUCUAUAUACAUAUAUAAAUUUUCGCUGAAAAAUGCAGUUGAUUGGUGCGUCGGCGGUCAAGUCCCUGGCAUGGAUCUGUCUCCUAUGCCUAGUGCCUAUUAGUAAGCAGGCUAGUGGAGGAUUCCCUGCUCCGCUGAAGUUGUGCAAAGUGGAGGACGAGACCUGCUUCGUGGCCCAGGCACAGGCCUUUCUUAAAGCCUUCAAGCUGGGAAUUCCGGAACUACACGUGGCCAGUUUGGAGCCACUCAAUUUGGGCACUGUGCGCGUGGAAAGUGGCGGCCACUCGGAGUCGGUGUCAUUCAAGCUGUUGUUGGCCCAAGCGAAGCUUUACGACCUGGCCAACAAGGGCGUUGUGAAGAGCCUGAAGGGAUUCGUCAAGGACCCGACCUUUGCCAAACCCCUCAAGCUGGUUAUGGUGAUUGAUGUACCCCAGCUGGAGUUGCGUGCUAAGUACGAUGUGAAUGGCAAGCUCCUCAUUCUGCCCAUCAUCAGCAAGGGCGAUGGGAGCCUCAAGAUGGAUGACGUGCAGGUCAAGUCCCGGAUUACGGCCAUGCCAGAGAAGCGAUCCGAUGGACAUACUUAUCUUACCAUCACCGACUACAAGGUGCUCACCAAGAUCAAGAGUGCCAACUUUAACAUGUCGAAUCUGUUCAAUGACAACGUGGAGCUGCGGGAGAGCACUUUGAAGGUGCUUAACCAGGAGUGGAACACCCUGGCCGUCGAUAUCCAGCCGAAGAUCAAUGAGGCCACUGCCAUCGCCAUGAAGUCCAUCUUGCAGCAAUUGUGGAACAACAUACCCUACGAUUCGUUCUUCACCAACUAGGUAACACUGUAGUUAAUUAUACACUAAAGAUUGUACGAUUCCUGCGAUCGAUAUCUUUAAAUAAACAAUAUAUGGCAUUUAAAUAACAAUUAA